AACCUUGUUUUUCUCCUUUUCCUCACACCAACCAUGUCUUCAAUGGCCAUAAUACCCACCUUGCUCUUCCUUUGCUUCACUUUCUCACAUGUUAAGGCCAUGUCUCUCAUAAAUUACUCCGAAAACGAGGUGAUGGACAUGUACGAGGAGUGGUUGGUGAAGCAGCGAAAGGUGUACAAUGGGUUGGGAGAGAAGGAGAAGAGGUUUCAAGUGUUCAAGGACAACUUGGGAUUCAUUCAAGACCACAACGCUCAGAACAACACAUACACUCUUGGCUUGAACAAGUUUGCUGAUAUCACCAACGACGAAUACCGUGCCAUGUAUUUGGGUACCAGAACUGAUCCCAAACGCAGGGUCAUGAAAACCCAGAAGACCGGCCACCGCUAUGCUUACAACUCCGGUGACCGCUUGCCGGUGCACGUCGAUUGGAGGUUGAAAGGUGCACUUGCUCCCAUCAAAGAUCAGGGUAGUUGUGGAAGUUGUUGGGCUUUCUCAACAGUGGCUACUGUGGAAGCUAUAAAUAACAUAGUGACAGGGAAGUUUGUGUCGCUAUCAGAACAAGAGCUUGUGGAGUGUGACAGAGAGUAUAAUGAAGGAUGCAAUGGUGGCCUCAUGGACUACGCAUUCCAGUUCAUCAUUAAAAAUGGUGGCAUAGACACAGAAGAAGAUUAUCCAUACAAGGGCCGUGAUGGAACUUGUGAUCUAACUAAGAAAAAGGCCAAGGUAGUGCAAAUUGAUGAUUACGAGGAUGUUCCAUCAUAUGAUGAGAAUGCCUUAAAGAAAGCUGUUGCUCAUCAACCCGUAAGCGUUGCUAUUGAAGCCUCUGGCAGGGCUUUGCAACUUUAUCAGUCUGGUGUAUUUACUGGUAAAUGUGGAACAAAUUUAGAUCAUGGUGUGGUGGUUGUUGGAUAUGGGAGUGAAAAUGGUGUUGAUUACUGGCUGGUGAGGAAUUCAUGGGGCAGUGGAUGGGGUGAGGAUGGCUAUUUCAAGAUGGAGCGCAACGUGAGAAGCAGCUCCACAGGGAAGUGUGGAAUUGCAAUGGAGGCUUCCUACCCUGUUAAGUAUGGUCUAAACACUGCAGUUCCUACUUCAGCUUACCAAAGCAAUGAGGUCUCUAUCAGCAGUGCUUGAAAUAACUUGAUCAUUAUUUUGGAAUUGGAUCCUUGGAAGAGGAACAGGUUCUAAAGUUGCAACAAAAGUGAUGUUUCUGCUAUUUAUAUGCUGCUAUUGGAAAUGUCUGUUAGACUAUUCUUGUACAUAGAUUUCUUCAGGUUAAAUCUGAACCUGAUUAUCAAUUUGUAUUGGUCUUCACUUGUUUAUUCAGAAAUCCUUAAUGAUAUUAAUGUUCUAGUUAAUUUUUUAUAUGGAUAUUCACUGUU